AUGUCAUUCCGAUUGGGGUAUAUACAGGCCAUUGUACUAGGCCUAGUUCUACUCUCUGUUUGUUGGACGAUUGUAAUUAGGCCUGACCCAUCGUCUGCUAUUGAUUUAGCCUCCCCUGUCACAAUCGAUUUAGAAAACUCACUUACCAAUUUGAAAAGUUUUCCUAUUUCCUCCCGUAGGAUAUCAUCAAAUAUUGAUCAUGUGUUUCAAACUGGGUGUAGGAAUGUUUUCAAGAACAAAAAGAAAGCCAACGCUGCCCUCGUUGUUUUGGCAAGAAAUUCCGAACUGGAAGGUGUUCAAAAGUCAAUGUUUUCUAUGGAGAGACAUUUCAAUCAAUGGUUUAAUUAUCCAUGGAUAUUUUUAAACGACGAAGAAUUCACAGAGUCAUUUAAGGAUGGUGUGAUGAAUAUGACUUCCAGUGGUGUUUCCUUCGGCGUAAUAUCUAAGCCAGACUGGAAUUUUUCAGAAGAAAAAGACAGGGGUAGUACAGAGUUUUUGAGGUUCAAUGAAUUCAUCCAGAAUCAAGGGGAUAGAGGCAUUAUGUACGGAGCGUUACCCUCCUAUCACAAGAUGUGUAGGUUUUAUUCAGGAUAUUUCUUUAAACAUCCCUUAGUUGCCAAAUUGAGCUGGUAUUGGAGAGUUGAACCGGAUGUUGAGUUUUUUUGUGAUUUGACCUAUGAUCCGUUUUUGGAGAUGGAGGCGUCAGGUAAAAAAUACGGCUUUGCAGUGAUUAUAAAGGAGUUGUCUAAUACUGUACCAAAUCUGUUUCGCCAUACUCAGAGUUUCAUUGAGAAAUAUGGUAUCUCAGUGGACGAGAAAGCAUGGUCGAUUUUUACUAACCGGAGGUCUUUCGGAGAAAAAGAAUCUAUGAAGCUAAUUGACAAGAUACGAAUUAAUCAUUUGCUUUCUAAUUUCAGUGGAGGUAUUGGCACCAGGUUAUUGUCCAGUCUCUCUAGAAUGAACCUUCCUACUUCGUUCUCUUCGAAAAAGCCUUUUUUCUACGGCGAAGAGUAUAAUUUGUGUCAUUUUUGGUCAAAUUUUGAGAUUGCGAGUACCGAUUUGUUUUCAUCACCAGAAUACGAAUCGUACUUUCAGUUUCUGGAAGAAAAGAAGGGCUUUUAUCAGGAAAGAUGGGGGGAUGCCCCUGUCCAUAGUUUGGCUGUAGCGAUGUUUCUCAACAUCAGUGAAAUCCAUUACUUCAGAGAUAUUGGUUACAGGCAUUCCAACCUAGUACACUGCCCAAAGAAUGCUCCUGAUGAAUUACAACUUCCUUACGUUCCAGCAUCACCAGAGUAUGCUUCCAGCGCCAAACCUGACAAACCACCGAGAGUUUCGGUUAGGGAUGUUUUUAGGAGCGGUCGGCAAACGGAAGGAGUCAACAACUUGAAUCGUGGAUCUGGAUGUAGAUGCAACUGCCCGAAAAAAUACAAAGAAUUAGAAGAUAGUCCCAGCUGCUGUAUUGGCAGAUGGAUGGUAUUAACUAACGAUAAGUAUAAAGGCGAAAAAUACCUAGAUAAAUACUCAAUGGCCGAAGAGGUCAAGCAGACUCUAAGCAAGGGUGAAAAACUAAACGUUAAAGAGAUAUUGAAGAGGCACCACAAGUAUCCAACAUGA